CUGAAGAUAACAAAUAUGAGGCCUCCUUCCCACACAGUGUGGAGUUGUGAGCCAUAUAUUUGCCGGGCUUCGCACAAGGUACACGGAGGAGCUGCUCAAGUUAAAAGUAAGGAGAGAGCCAUGGAGAUGAAUGAGCCACGGGAAGGGCGCCAUUUUGUGGGGAAGAGAGACGACUUGAUGAACGCAAAGCGCACAUUCAAAACACUGGAGGGUCGGGAUGUGCUGAUCCUCUACCACCAGGGAGGCUUCUAUGCUUUGGACUCUUACUGCUAUCAUGCUGGUGGAAAACUGCAGACUGGAGACAUUGAAGAAAUAGGUGGCACGCUGUGCAUAAUUUGCCCCAAACACAAGUACAAGAUUUCUCUCGCCACAGGGGAAGGUUUAUGCAAGACCAUAGACAAGACCCAAAAGCCACCUAUGCCCAAAUGGUUCUCAAAAGGAGUGAAGCAGCGGGUCCACACAGUGACAGAUACCAACGGGGACGUCUAUGUGGAGCUCUCGAAGAUGCCCGGAUGGAUCGAGUCAGACUACUACCAGGGAGAAGAGGGCAAAGAAAAAAGGGCCAAAGCUGAGGCCGAGGCUGAGGCCGAUGAGGGGAUGGAAUCCUCUUAA